AUGUAUCGUCCACGGCUUCUGGGCCAGGGCCUUCGAGGCUUCGCCCAUGCCCGGACGAGUCGCCGAACCUACAUUACCGAUGCCGACGUUGAAUCUGCAAGACGGUACUGCUAUACACAGCUACACGACUAUGACGCCCAUCUCAUCCGCCGCUUCGUCCCCUCCCCCGUCCAAGACACAUACGCCGCCCUCCGAACCCUCAACCUCGAGCUCGUCCGCCUCCCCGAGCUCGUCUCCAACCCCACGAUCGGGACCCUGCGCAUGAAGUUCUGGCAGGAGUCCAUCGACAACACUUUCGCCGGCCGUCCCCCCCGCGAACCUAUCUGCAUCUUGCUGCACAAGAGUCUCCAAGACCUGGAGGCGCGCGCCGGCACCGCAACCAAAAAGUCCAUCAAGUUCUGGGUAUCACGACUGGUAAGGACAAGAGAGAAGCACAUGUCCAAUCGGCCGUUUGGGAGUUUGGCAAGCUUGGAGGAGUACGCCGAGAAUACAUAUUCGACCUUGAUGUAUGCGACAUUAGCGUCUCUGCCAUUGCGCUCGAUGAAUGUCGACCACCUUGCGAGCCAUAUUGGAAAGGCAUGCGGCAUCGUGGCCGUCUUGCGCGGAAUCCCCGUCUUGGCAGCACCACCUUCACCGGUGAAUACACCAUCAGGCCAAGCUCCCUCCUCGCGUGAACCAGCCCUACUUCUUCCGCUGGAUGCAAUGGCUGAAGCGGGGGUCAAGGAGGAGGAAGUCUUUCGACAAGGUCCCAAUGCGCCCGGCCUUCAAGACGCUGUCUUCCAAGUUGCUACGAGGGCCAAUGAUCAUCUGAUCACAGCGCGAGAGAUGCUCAAGAGGUUAAAGGCUGGCGAGGACCCAGGCCAUGAAUUUGAGCACCACGGCGAGGGUGAACAUUUCUACGAGGAGGAAAGCGACACAAUAAAGGAGAUACGCCAGGGCUUUGGCGUGCUUCUGGAAGCUAUACCAGCAGCUCAGUAUCUGCAAAGGCUAGAACAAGCUGAUUUCGAUCCGUUUACGGUCAAGACAGCGGAUGUCAUCGCCAAGAUGCUCUACGAACUCAUUGCAAUUGUCCGACCGGGCAACCUCUCCGAGGUGAAAGAAAUCGCCCAGACUGUCGGCUCCCUCGUCCUCAAGAAUGGCGGUGUCGUCCGUGGCCUCGCCAACUGGGGUGUCUUCUCCCUCCCCAAGCCCAUCUCGGUCCAUCAGAUGAAGCACACCCACGGCCACUACUUCGUCAUGCGAUACGACGCCGCUUCCAAGGUGCACCAGGACGUCCGCAACACUCUGCGACUCGAGCCCCGUAUGAUCCGCGCCGCCCACGUUAAGCUUGGCGACGGAAAGCUGGAGACGCUGGCAAGAUUCGGACCGCCCAAGUGGAAGACGACGGGUAGCGAGGCAUAG